CUGGAUUUUUCCCUACCUCCCCUUCCUAUGCCUCUUUCCCCUCCAUCCAUCCUCGUCUUCUCCUCCUUCUCCUUCCUCUUCCCCCUCUUUCCUCUUUGAAAAAAGGCGAUUUGAUGUCAUUUUUUUCACUGUGUUAAAUAAGUACUUCUUUGGUAAAUGUCUUUUUAUUUUUUGGUGAGAACUAGGUAGAUAACUUAUUCGGUGUUUUUCAAUUGACAUGUGAAUAAAUGGUGUCAAAGAUCAGAUUUAUGUCAAUCACAAGACGUGAAACCAUACCAAUUUUUGUACGAUACAAAUAAAUUAUUUUAUAAAUAUGGAAUUCUUUGGCAUAACUAUGUAUGGACCACAAAAUUACAUAAAAGAUACAAUGAGAGAUGAAUACCAAGAACCAUAUAAUAAAAAUGAAGUUAAACCGCUAAUGGAAAAAAUUGAAAAGUAUACAACAAUGCCCAAAAAGAUUGUUAGACCAGAGGUUGAUGUUGUAAGAACGAUCGAUUGCUAUAUAGGCAGAGUAAAUGGAUUCGCUUAUGGAAGUACCUUGAGAUUCAUUAAAAUGAAACGAAAGGGGGUAAUAAAACCUAUCCAUCCCUGUGAAAUGUAUCGUCUUACCCCGACAACAUCAAUAGAGUUUGGUUGGUGGCAACAUGAUCCAGAGUUGGUGGGGAAAACUUGGCACCUUACUCAUCCAAGACACCCACAACCUGCUUCGCCGAAUACAUUAAUUCUUGAUAAAGCUCGCAAGAACAACAAAUACGCUACUUUGUUUUGA